AUGUCAGACACACAGGACACAAAAACUGAUCCAGAACAAGUAACAAGCCCGAGGAAUAGCAAAAGUAUCACAGUUGCAUUCAAGUUGAAUGGAAGAAACUACCCCCUUUGGUCUCGAUUGAUCAAAGUGAAAAUUGGAGGCCGAGGUGCCUACUCAUACAUCAGGAACGAGCCCCCGGAACCAGGAAGCAAAGGGUUCGAUGUGUGGGAGGAAAACGACUUGGUGGUGUUCUCGUGGAUUGUCGACAACAUCGAGAACGAUAUCGUUGCCGACUUCGCGCACCACCUAACCGCCAAAGCGUUGUGGGACAGUCUUGCCGUGACCUUUGAGAACAAGGCCGACAAAUACCACAUCUACAACCUGGAAGAGAAUGCAAUAAACAUCAAACAGGGAAACCUCGAUCUGGAGACUUAUUACCGGAGGAUCCAUGGGCUGUGGAUCAACAUCGACAGAAGCCAGAAGCAGCCGAUUAGUUGUUGUGAUAAGGGAAUCGAUCAGUUUCGAACACACUCGAAUGAGAAAUAA